UGGAUUUUCUGAACCAAAGGAAGGUUUUAAGGUAGAAACUGAAAGCAAUCUCAAAUAUACCACGUGAAGAUUGCAGUACCGUAGCCAUGAAUGACAUUGCGCAGAAGACUGAGAUUCUGCUUUCUUCAUCUAAACCCGUCCAAAAAUCCUAUGUGCCCAAGCUUCACAAGGGUGAUGUAAAGGAUAAAUUUGAAGCUAUGCAGAAAGCAAGGGAAGAAAGAAAUCAAAGGCGAUCUAGAGAUGAAAAGCAAAGAAGAAAAGAACAAUAUGUUAGAGAGAGAGAAUGGAACAGGAGAAAGCAGGAGAUGAAAGAACUACUUGCAUCUGAUGAAGAUGACGAUGCAAAAUCAUCUAAAAUAGAAAAAGGUUACGUUCCAAAGCUUAUAGGAACUGUUAAAGGCAAAUUUGAAGAGAUGGAAAAGCAAAGGCAAGAAGAAGAAAGGAAAAGAACGGAAGAGGAACGAAAGCGCAGAAUUGAGCAGGAUAUGAUUGAGAAAAGGAAAAUUCAAAGAGAAUUGGCAAAAAAAGCCCAGGAGAUUGAUGACUUAAACAAUACGGGAACUGAAUCAGGAGAAGAGGAGGGGGAUGAUUCACUGCUGGUUAGAGUAGUGCCUGUAAAACCCACCAAAACACCUGGAACGAUGAAAAUAAACUUUGAGAACACAGGAAAAGAAAGAGCAGAACAAAUGCAGAGGGGWGAUGAAGAAAAGAAGCUAAAAUAUGAGAAACACAAACAACCUCUUAAAGAAGCCAAGUGCCUUUCAUUUGUCAUGAGUGAGAACACAGAUAACGAAACCCAAGAGCCUCUUUCUCCUGGUAAGCUGAAAGUAACYUUUGAAGAACUGGAAAGACAGAGACAGGAAAACCAAAGGCGGCAAGCAGAGGAAGAGGCGAGGCAGCGAUUGGAAGAUGAGAAACGGGCCUUUGAAGAAGCUAGACAGCAAAUGAUAAGUGAUGGUGCUGAUGAAGAAUCUGAAAAUUCUGUUAAGGAAUUCCGUCCUGGUAAACUCAAGCUCAGUUUUGAGGAGAUGGAAAGACAGAGGAGAGAAGAGGAAAAGAGGAAAACAGAAGAAGAAGCAAGACGGCGCAUAGAAGAGGAGAAAAGGGCGUUUGCUGAAGCAAGGAGGAAUAUGGUGCUGGAUGACGAAUCACCAGAAAUGUUUAAAACAGUUUCUCAAGAAUCUCUCAUCCCUGGUAAACUGGAAAUUAAUUUUGAGGAGUUGCUGAGACAAAAAAUGGAGGAAGAGAAGAGACGCACGGAAGAAGAGCGCAGGCAAAAGUUGGAAAUGGAAAAGCAAGAAUUUCAGCAGCUGAGACAGGAAAUGGGAGAGUUAGAAGAAGAGUCUGAAACUUUUGAACUAAGCAAAGAAUAUGAAGAAUUAAUGAAGUUAAAAAGAAGUGGCUCCAUUCAGGCAAAAAACUUAAAAAGCAAGUUCGAAAAAAUAGGACAAUUGUCUCAAGAAGAAAUACAGAAAAAGAUUGAAGAAGAGCGAGCCAAGAGAAGAGCAAUGGAUGAAGAAAUAAGAGAAAGGGAAGCAGAGAAAUUCCAAGAGGASGAUGAGGUAGAUGUGAGACCAGCCAAGAAAUCCGAGGCUCCGUUUACUCAUAAAGUAAACAUGAAGGCCCGUUUCGAGCAAAUGGCAAGAGCCAGAGAAGAGGAAGAACAGAGAAGAAUUGAAGAGCAAAAAUUACUACGCAUGCAGUUUGAACAAAAAGAGAUUGAUGCUGCACUGCAGAAGAAAARGGAGGAGGAAGAGGAGGAGGAAGGAAGCAUUAUUAAUGGUUCUACUUGCGAAGAUGAGGAGGAUCAAGCUCGAUCUGGAGCUCCCUGGUUCAAGAGGCCACUAAAAAACACCUCAGUGGUUGACGGGGAACCCGUGAGAUUCACUGUUAAAGUUACUGGSGAGCCCAAACCUCAAGUCACCUGGUGGUUUGAGGGGGAAAUGCUGCAGGACUCUGAGGACUAUCAGUACAUCGAAAGAGGAGAAACCUAUUGCCUUUAUCUGCCAGAAACCUUCCCAGAAGAUGAAGGGGAAUAUAUGUGUAAAGCAGUCAACAACAGAGGCACGUCUGCUAGCACCUGUAUUCUCACCAUCGAAAGUAAGAGCUAA